CGUGCCGGGAGUUGUAGUCCGCGCCCGCCUGCGGCGGCUCUGCGUAUCAUGGCGGGCUGCGCCGCGCUACCGCACUCUUCCGCUGGGCCCCAGAAAGUUUCGCUUCUGCCAAACAGUGGACCCACGAGCGCGUGUCACCAUGGAGUCUGACCUCUGCUGAGCGGACCCAGGCGGGAGGCGCACAGCCGAGAGAGGCGGCCCGCAGCCAGUGGCCAUGGCCUCCCCCAUCGCAGAGAGCCAGCUGCAGAGAAUCAUCCGCGAUUUGCAAGAUGCCGUGACAGAGCUAAGCAAAGAGUUUAAGGAAGCAGGGGAGCCCAUCACGGAUGACAGCACCAGCUUACACAAGUUUUCUUAUAAACUCGAGUAUCUCCUUCAAUUCGAUCAGAAGGAGAAGGCCACCCUUCUGGGCAACAGGAAGGACUACUGGGAUUACUUCUGUGCCUGCCUGGCCAAGGUGAAAGGAGCCAAUGACGGGAUCCGAUUCGUCAAGUCGAUUCCGGAGCUCCGGACAUCUCUGGGAAGAGGAAGGGCGUUCGUUCGCUACUCCCUGGUGCACCAGCGGUUGGCAGAUACCUUACAGCAGUGCUUCAUGAACACCAAAGUGACCAGUGACUGGUAUUAUGCACGGAGCCCCUUUCUGAAACCGAAGCUGAGCUCCGACAUCGUGGGCCAGCUCUACGAGCUGACUGACGUUCAGUUUGACCUGGCAUCCAGGGGCUACGAUUUGGACGCCGCCUGGCCGACGUUUGCCAGGAGGACGCUGGCCGCUGGCUCCUCUGCCUACCUGUGGAGACCCCCCAGCCGAAGCUCCAGCAUGAGCAGCGUGGUGAGCAACUACCUGCAGACUCAGGAGACGGCCUCCAGCUUUGACCUGAGCGGCCCCUUACACAGCGAGGCGCUGGAGGGCUUCGACGAGAUGCGCCUGGAGCUGGACCAGCUGGAGGUGCGGGAGAAGCAGCUGCAGGAGCAGGUGCACCAGCUGGACACAGAGAACCAGGAGCUGAGGGCGACCGUCAGCCUGCAGGGGGAGCAGCUGCAGACGGAGAGGGAGAGGGGCCGCGCCGCGGCUGAGGACAACGCCCGCCUCACUCGCCUGGUGGCCGAGCUCCAGAAGCAGUGGGAGGUCACCCAGGCCACACAGAGCGCCGUGAAGGAGCUUCAGGAGUGCCUGCGGGCCCUGGAGCGGGGAGUGGCGGAGAAGGAGGAGGAUUCCCACUCGGCCCUGCGGCGGCUGGAGUCCGUGCUGCAGCCUCUGGCCCGGGAGCUCGAGGCCGCGUGGGGCUCGCCGGACAGGAAGAACCCGCGGUCGGCAGAGCAGGAGGCAGGUUCGGUGCCUGCUCCGGUGCCGGACUCACCGGGGCGGCGGAAGCCCCUCCCCGGGGACCCGGCGCCGGAGACCCCGGAGACCCAGGAGCUGGGGGAGAAGCUUCGGGCCCUGGAGAGAGAGCACGCCAAGGUCCAGGAGCUCAGCAGGCAGCAGAGCGCCCAGCUGGGGCAGCUGGCCGAGGAGCUGCGGCUGAAGGAGGAGGCCCGGGCCGGCCUGGAGCACCGGCUGGAGGAGCUGGCCGGGAAGGGGCAGGAGGCCACCCGGCUGCGGCGACAGCUGCACGAGGCCCUCGCCCACCUGAGCUCCCUGGAGGAGGAGCUGGCAGAGGUGAGGCAGGAGGAGCGGCAGCGGCGACAGGAGAAGGAGUUGCUGGAGCAGGAGGCCGGGGCUCUGGCGCGGCAGCUGCGGGUCCUGGAGGCCCAGCUGGCGCAGCUGAGCCAGCACGUGGGUGACCUGGAGGAGCAGAGGCGGCAGCUCGCCCGGGACAGAGACCACCUGAGCCAGAAGGUGGGGGCGCUGGAGCGGCUGGCCGAGCAGCCGGGGCCCCCGGGCGCCACCCCGCGGCAGGCCUCCGGGGGGCCGGAGGAGGGGCAGCGCAGCCCACAGGAGGGCCAGACAGGUGGCCCCGAGACGCCAGGGAGCGGACGGGAGGAGAGGCUCCAGCAGGCCGACGGGGAGCUGAAGAAGGAGCUGCAGAAAGCACUGGAGCGCAACCAGCUCCUCGAGGGCAAGCUGCAGGCCCUGCAGGCCGACUACCGGGCGCUGCAGCAGCGGGAGGCGGCCAUCCGGAGCUCCCUGGCCUCCCUGGAGGCUGAGCAGGCCAGCAUCCGGCGCAUGGGAGACCAGAUGGAGGCGAGCCUCCUGGCCGUGAGGAAGGCCAAGGAGACCAUGAGGGCCCACGCGGCGGAGAAGGAGGCCGCCCUGCGGAGCAAGGAGGCCGAGUGCCAGCAGCUGCAGGAGGCAGCGGGGCAGUGCCGGCAGCGGGCAGAGGCCCAGGAAAGGGAGCUCAAGGCUCUUGAGAGCCAGUGCCAGCGGCAGACCCAGCUGAUCGAGACCCUCCGUGCAGAGAAAGGCCAGCAGGGGCUCGGCCCCCCCGAAGGCACCGCCCCCCGGGAGCCGGGGGCCCAGCUGGCCCCGAGUCGGGCAGAGCCGGAGGCCCGGCAGGGGGAGGCGGGGGUGCCAGACCUUCAGGCCGAGCUCCAGGCAGCCCUGGGUGACCGGGAGAAGGCCCAGAGCCAGCUGAGUGUGGCCGAGGCCGCUCUGAGGGAGCACAGGGCCCUCGUGCAGCGGCUGCAGGAGCAGAACGAGGCCCUCAAGAAGGCCCGCGGUCGGGAGCCGCCGCAGGGCUCGGGGCACGAAGGGGCGCUGCGGGAGGACAGGGCCGAGGAGGAGCAGUCCCAGGCAGGACACGGCUCCCGGGAAGCCCCGCUGGGACAGGCCGAGCCGCGGGAGCAGCUGCCCGGGGCCAGCGCAGACACAGCCGAGCCCCACGGCCACCGCUGCACUCAGCGCGUGGAGAAACAGCAGGCGGAGGAGGCCCUGGCCCGCGCCGUCCAGGAGCUCCGUGACGCCAGAGAGGCGGCCUCACGGGAGCGGGAGGGCCUGGAGCACCGAGUGGCUGGGCUGCAGCGAGAGAAGGACAGCUUGCAGGAGAGGCUGAAGGUGGCCGAGGAGGCGGCCGGCUCCUUGCCCGGCCUGCAGGCCCAGCUGGCCCAGGCCGAGCAGCGGGCGCAGAGCCUCCAGGAGGCCGCACGCGAGGAGCUCAGCGCUCUCAAGUUCCAGCUGAGCACCGAGAUCAUGGACCACCAGAGCAGACUGAAGGCUGCCAGUGAAGACUGCGGGAGCCUCAGGGCCCAGCUUGAGGAGCGAGACCGGCAGCUGCAGGCCGCCGAGGAGGCUACGGAGAGUCUGAAGGCCACCCGGGCAGAGCUGGGAGAGAAGCUGAACUGCACCAGCAAGCGUCUCGCAGAGUGCCAGGCCGCCCUGCGGAAGAAGGACGAGGAGGGGGCUGUCCUGCGCGAGAGCUUGGACAGGACCCAGAAGGAACUCGAAAAGGCCACGACAAAAAUCCAGGAGUAUUACAACAGACUCUGCCAGGAGGUGACGAACCGGGAGAAGAAUGACCAGAAGAUGCUCGCGGACCUGGAUGACCUGAAUAGAACCAAGCAGUACCUGGAGGAGAGGCUGAUCGAGCUGCUCAGGGACAAGGAUGCUCUCUGGCAAAAGUCAGACGCCCUGGAGUUCCAGCAGAAGCUCAGCGCUGAGGAGAGGUGGCUCGGGGACGCGGAGGCCAGCCACUGUCACGACUGCAAGCGGGAGUUCAGCUGGAUGGUGCGGAGGCACCACUGCAGGAUCUGUGGCCGCAUCUUCUGUUACUACUGCUGCAACAACUACGUCCUGACCAAGCACGGCGGCAAGAAGGAGCGCUGCUGCAGGGCCUGCUUCCGCAAGUUCAGUGACGGCCCUGGCUCCCCCGACAGCGCCAGCUCGGGCACCAGCCAGGGAGAGCCCAGCCCUGCGCUGUCGCCCGCCCCAGGCCGAGCCGGGCCCCAGGCCGCCGGAGGCCAAGGUGUAGACGCAGACUGCAGGCCGCCGGACGAUGCCGCGUUUGACAUCAUCACCGAUGAGGAGCUGUGCCAGAUUCAGGAGUCGGGCUCCUCGCCUGAGACACCCACCGAAACUGACUCCCUCGACCCUAACAUGCCCGAACAGGACGCCGUGUCAAGCUCGCUAACCCCUGAGGACACCGAAGACAUGCCGUUGGGGCAGGAUGCUGAGGUCUGCUUGCUGAAGUCUGGAGAAUUGAUGAUAAAAUUACCGCUGACGGUGGAAGAGAUCGCCAACUUCGGGGAGAGCAACAGGGAGCUGUUCGUGAGGUCCAGUACCUACAGCGUCAUCCCCAUCACCGUGGCUGAGGCGGGCCUCACCAUCAGCUGGGUCUUCUCCUCCGACCCCAAGAGCAUCUCCUUCAGCGUGGUCUUCCAGGAGGCCGAGGACACACCGCUGGACCAGUGUAAGGUCCUCAUCCCCACCACCCGAUGCAGCUCCCACAAGGAGAACAUCCAAGGCCAGCUCAAGGUCCGCACACCAGGCAUCUACAUGCUCAUCUUCGACAACACCUUUUCCAGGUUUGUCUCCAAGAAAGUGUUUUAUCACUUGACGGUUGACAGGCCUGUGAUCUACGAUGGAAGCGAUUUCCCGUAGGCUCAAGCACCUGGUUUCACUUUAUCCACAGGAAACACUACUCUUGCUCACCUGUCACAUAAAGCACUAAAAAAAAAAAAAAAAAAAGGCAGCGGCUCCAAAGCUGACGGGCCACCCCUCAGAGCUGCUCUGUCUGGAGCACCUUGUACUCAGAACUUCGCACCGUCACUCUGAGCCUCCGUGGCUUUUAAGGGCUCAAGCACCGUUUCCCGUGAUUAGGGACCCGACUAUCCUCACGCCCAAAGGGACACUCACUCUGCCAAAGGUUUAAACCCUCAGGAGACCAUCGGCCUCUCCCGGAGCCACAGCUGGCUCCAGGCCGCCCCCGUGGAGAGUUGCACAGGCCAGAGGCCAUGAUCCCAACUUGUGCCCAGGGAGAGAAAGGCCCCACUCUGCCCAGCAGGGGCCAGGCGUCCUGGGCGACCAUGAGCCGGGAUGUCCUGGCCAGACCCUGUUGAGUCCUCAGGCCGUGAGGCCCUUGGUCCUCCCAGGAAAAGGAGGCCACGGGGCCAUCCUGAGAGUCAGGGCGCCUGGGGGGCCCCUCCGGCGACUCCCUCCAGCCUCUUCCCGUCAUGCCUCUGUCCCUUCCUGCCCCAGUAAAUUUGGGGCUGCUUCAAACUCAACAGUUUUGGAGGGGCCUCGAGCUCCACUUUCUUCCUGGCUCUUCUGUCUGCAAAGUCCUGUCCUCGCGCAAAGCCCUUCACUCAGGCAGGCCCCUCAGCCACCCCCCUGAGGACGCGCACUGCGGCGCUGUCUCUGCAUGGGCGGCUGAAGCCCCGAAGCCGGCUAACCCUGACAGCCUGACCGACAGGCAGCAUCGCGCCUUGGCCCUUAGGACGCACUGUUCAGCUGAUGGGCUCUUUGUAUAAAUAAGAGCUUCUGCCCCACCUUCAGACGUGUUUAGUAACGGUCAUAAUCUGGGUAAGAACCACUUUCAAAACUCGGGGCCUUCUUAACAAAAGUCUUUGGUAACCCAAGCGUAACAGGCAUCACUCACGAAUCUCCUUUGACUUCACUCCUCGGCCCCCACUUGCCACCCGCCUGCUCCCCAGCACCCCGUUUGCCCACUUCCCGUGGCUCAGCCUACACUUGACCCCCGGGAGCCAUCUCCCCUUGGGGCCGAGGAAUCCUGUGUCCUUUUCCUGGAAGGACAUAGCCUUCCCGCUGUCCGCGGCCCUCCUCUUCUCCCGCCCUACAGAGCUCACCUUCGAUGGCCUCUUUGUGCCUGGUUCGCAGAGGCCAGAGCCCGAAGUCGGAGCUCAGACACUUCCACAGGUGAGCGGGGCAUCUGGAGCGGCCCCCUUCGGACAGGUCAGGGACCCCAGGCCACGUCCAGCACAGACCCCUAAGCUACCAGCCAGCAGAGAGGACUCGUGGGGCAGGGGUGGGGGAAGUAACCUCCAUGAUAGACUUGGAGCUGUCGCUUAACUGGGGACGUGGCU